GUCUCGCGAGGACACGGUAACGCUUAACACCAAGCGAAUUUAAGGGAGAUGGGAAGAAAUGAGGUCUGAUAAGGACCAAAUGACCGUGGGUAAGGAGAAAAGCAUCUUUGAGAUACAAUUAAAAGACGUCCCAAGAGAGCAAGAAAACAUUCCCGCCAACGCUAAGCCGAAAGAAGAGAAGAAGGAGGUUUUCACGAAGGUGGUUAUUCGAAGACUCCCUCCUAGCCUGUCAAAGGAGCAACUGGAAGAGCAUCUCAGUCCUCUUCCAUCUUAUGACUACUUUGAGUUUUUCCCAGCAGAUCAAAGUCUCUAUCCCCACCUCUUCUCCCGAGCUUAUAUCAACUUUAAAAGCACAGAAGACAUCCUGCUGUUCAGGGAUCGAUUUGAUGGCUAUGUCUUUAUCGACAACAAGGGUCAGGAAUACCCUGCUGUGGUAGAGUUUGCGCCUUUCCAGAAGAUUUCAAAAAAGAAGCUGAAGAAGAAAGAUGCCAAAACCGGAAGCAUUGAAGAAGAUCCAGAAUACAAGCGAUUUUUGGAAAACUACUCCUGUGAUGAGGAGAAGUCCAUGGCCAAUCCUGAGACUCUUCUUGGGGAGAUAGAAGCUAAGACCAAAGAGCUCAUUGCCAAACGAACAACGCCUCUCCUGGAGUACAUCAAAAAUAAGAAAAUCGAAAAACAGAGGAUAAGGGAGGAGAAGAGAGAAGAGCGAAGAAGAAGGGAGCUUGAAAAGAAAAGGCAACGGGAGGAAGAGAAACGAAAGCGGCGAGAGGAGGAGAGACGCAAGCGGAAAGAGGCAGAGAAGCAGAAGAAACUGUCUGAUAAAGACAUCAAAAUUAAGCUCCUAAAGAAGAGCGACAGAGACGACGACGUUGAUUCAGACCGAAUGAAGGAAAAAAGCGAGCCUUGCGAUGCAGGUGUGGGCAAGUGGGAGAAAACUGGAGGACWAAUGAAGUCAAAAGAAAACAGAGGUCAGGCUGAGAGCGACAAAGAGCAGCGAGAUCAGCACGGCCGCAGGCAGAGAGAUAAGGAUCACCGCGGCAAGGACGAGGAGAGGAAACGGCAACGCCACCACUACGAAUUCGACAAGUUCAUGCGGCGGAAAGACGAGACCAAAUGGGGGAAGGGCUACUGCCAGGACCGAGCCAAGAAAGAGGGCCAUCAUCACGGCUACUCUUACUGUAAUGACGGGGCAGACAAAAUGGGAAAGGAGGACAGGGAGGACCUGAGCAACAGAAAGGAGCGCCUCCGAAACAAGGUGAGCGAGAAGGUGAGCAUGAGAUGGAACAGGAAGAUGCGUUCCAGAUUUGCAAAAGAUGUAGGUGGAAGUUUACCUUCUAGGGAYCGUCCUGCCAUGCAGCUCUAUCAGCCCGGCGCGCGCAACAGGAARCGCAUGAGUUCRGCUAAUAAAGGCUAUGACUGCCUYCCUAUCGGUCAUUCCCCCGAAUGCAGGACGGAGCAUUGUUAUGAGGUUGUUGCCAUGACAGCGGGAAUGGAGAGGGGGUUYGAGAAAAGCAAAGAUGAGCAGUGAAUACUCUAGGUCUCAAGAGGAAAGUAAUGGGGCAUAAAAAUCAGUUUUAAAGGGAAGCUGCUGUCAUUGGUUGACUGAUUUCUUUCUUCCUGUUUGUAGGUCRGUAAUAAAAUUGUAUCUGUGGAACUUUCUUCCUGCUAUCUAGCUUUCAGGCCCGUCAACUUUUAAGGUACUUUGCUCUCGCUCUUUGUGGUACAGAAGCAUCUCAGUUAAGACAUCCUGGAAAAAUUUACUUUCAAGACCGAUGACCUUGCCUUCUGCAUGAGAACUUCUUUCCAACAUCUAGCAUAUUUUGUCAUUUGUGUUGUUUUUAGUUACCUUAUAUAUUUCUAUUAAUAUAAAAAAUAUUGUUGGUAAAACUGACAGACAACAGAUCUUUUAAAAAGUAAGGUAAGAAAUGUCCUUUACUAUAUGUACAGGCAACCAGCAGACUAAAAAUUGAUUAUUAAAUGCAAUUUCAAUGCCACGAUUUAUUUUUAUUUAAUUUUUUGUCAUUAAUGUUUUGUACAUAAUCAACUACAGCGCCACAAGAAAGUAUCCUUUUAWGCUUUUCCAUAUUUUAUUGCAUUAGAUCCGUCUUAAAACUGAUCUGAGUGUAGUUUUAUCUCAUAUAGCUUUUCUAUAAAAAUGUUAGAACAGAUUUUCCGACAAUUUUGUAAGUAAGAAAAGAAAACAAAUACAGUARGUGCAUAAGUACUCACUACAUCGGAUCACAACUGAUGAGCGGCAGCAGCAUUUGAUGAAUUGUGUGACUGAACGUGAUUGAACACAUUUCUCCACACGAGGUUCUACAGUUGACAGAGCAGAGCAAAAACAAAGCAGUGAAGUCAAAUGAGUUUUCUGUAAGACCCCCAAAGACUGGAUUCUAUUAAAUCACUAAAACUGGCACGCAUCACCACUGUCAUUUUUUGGUAAUGCAUCAACGUAAGCCUUAUCCAGGACCUUUCAUAGACCCGAUACUCUGAACCUCAGACAAAGGUUAAAAAAAUAAAAUAAAGUCUACCAGCAAAACAAUGACACAAAGCACAGUCAAAAUACAAAGGAAGGAGCUUCAGGGGCAAACUGUGAAUGUUCUCGAGUGACCCAGACAGAACCUGGACUCUGAAAAUGACUGGCGACCAACACUACCCAUCCGACCCGGCUGAGCCCGAGAGGAUAUGCGCAUUAGAAACAGGUGCUUACGUAUUUAUUAUGUUAAAAUGUAUUUUUUUAUAAAUAUGCAAAGUGUCUGAAAAAAACUGUUGUCACUGUGUUGCAAUGGACUAUAUUGAGUAGGUUGAAAAGGGGAACUAAACUCAUAUUGGUUUUAAAAUGAAGCUGCAAUCAAAUGUGGAACAGGCAAGCUGUUGUAAAUACUUUCUGGUGGCACUGCAGUAGAUGAAAAUAACAGCUUUGCA